GCAACAGCAGGAAGAAGCAACUCAUAGUUUUUUUUUUUGACUGUGGUGUGCCCAACUCCAAAUCAUUACUUCCCCUUUUCCUUUUCUCUCAAAAAAAGCCACCUCUCUCUCUCUCUCCCUCCCUUGUUCCUUUUUAGAAAAAUAAAUAAAAAAUCGAUUGCUAAUAAGGGUUUUUGAGUGACACAGAGAGGAGGGAUUGUGGACUGUAAUGAGGAAGAAGAGUGACAGCAAAUGGGGUGUGUGUUCGGGAAAGAGCUGAAUGCGAAGAAAUGUGCGGUGGAGAGAGAGGGUGGUGGUGGAGAGCGGAGGAGAGAAGUGGAAGUUAGGGUUGCGAAGGCGGAGGAGAAUGAGGUUUGUAAUGGAGAAAAUGAGAAGGGAAAUAAUAAUGACGUGGUGGAGGAAAGACGGAGAAGAGAAAAGAGGAAUAGGUCUUCAAAACCUAAUCCGAGAUUAGGUAAUGCUCCUAAGCAUAUACAUGGUGAACAGGUUGCUGCUGGCUGGCCUUCCUGGCUCUCUGCUGUUGCUGGUGAAGCUAUCAAUGGUUGGACCCCUCGUCGCGCUGAUACCUUUGAAAAACUUGAUAAGAUUGGGCAAGGGACAUAUAGUAAUGUGUACAAAGCCAGGGAUACAUUGACGGGGAAAAUUGUUGCAUUGAAGAAGGUUCGGUUUGACAAUUUGGAGCCCGAGAGUGUCAAGUUCAUGGCUAGGGAGAUUUUGAUUUUGCGUCGAUUGGAUCAUCCCAAUGUUGUGAAACUAGAAGGUUUGGUGACAUCAAGGAUGUCUUGUAGUUUAUAUCUUGUAUUUGAGUACAUGGAACAUGAUUUAGCUGGACUUGCAGCGAGUCCUAAUAUCAAGUUCACGGAGCCUCAGGUGAAAUGUUACAUGCAUCAGUUGUUAUCCGGCCUUGAACAUUGUCACAAUCGCUGUGUGCUCCAUCGUGAUAUUAAAGGUUCAAAUCUUCUUAUUGGCAAUGAUGGAGUUCUCAAAAUUGCUGACUUUGGGCUGGCUUCCUUUUUUGAUCCUAAUCACAAGCAGCCUAUGACUAGCAGGGUGGUUACCCUAUGGUACCGACCCCCAGAGCUUCUUCUCGGGGCCACUGAUUAUGGUGUUGGUGUGGACCUCUGGAGUGCUGGUUGCAUUCUCGCUGAGUUAUUGGCUGGAAAGCCUAUCAUGCCUGGUCGUACCGAGGUGGAGCAACUACACAAGAUAUUUAAACUAUGUGGCUCCCCAUCUGAAGAGUAUUGGAAAAAGUCAAAGCUGCCACAUGCAACCAUAUUUAAGCCCCAACAAUCAUACAAGCGAUGUAUAGCUGAGACUUUUAAAGACUUUCCACCAUCAUCACUGCCUCUAAUUGAGACUCUUCUUGCAAUUGACCCAGCAGAACGUCGAACUGCUACAGCUGCAUUGAGGAGUGAAUUCUUCACUACCAAGCCUUAUGCUUGUGAUCCUUCCAGUCUUCCAAAAUAUCCUCCGAGCAAGGAAAUGGAUGCUAAAUUACGUGAUGAAGAAAGUAGAAGAUUGAGAGCAGUUGGGAAGGCUAGUGCUGAUGGUAUGAAGAAGGCACGCUCACGUGACCGGGUUGCAAGGGCAAAUCCUGCUCCAGAAGCUAAUGCUGAACUUCAAGCUAAUCUUGAUAGGCGCCGUUUAAUAACUCAUGCAAAUGCAAAGAGCAAAAGCGAGAAAUUUCCUCCUCCGCACCAAGAUGGGACACUUGGCUACCCGUUGGGUUCUUCACAUCACAUCGAUCCUGUUUUUGAUCCACCUGAUGUCCCAUUCAGUACCACAAAUUUCUCAUAUUCAAAAGCACAUAUCCAGACUUGGUCAGGGCCAUUGGUGGAUCCAGCUGCAGUUGGCGCUCCAAAAAGAAAGAAACAGAGAUAAAAAUGCUGCUCAAGUCAGAGAAAGACGGCAUGUAAUAUAAUUCCUAUUAUUUGUGAGAUUAUCCAUGAGGCUGCAGAAGCUGCUGAUGCUGUGCUUGUUUCCAUUCCGGGAAAGCCAAUUAAAUUGCAAGGAGAGGUAAAAUAACUUUAUAUUCAUUUUUCUCGUCUCUUGUUCCAUUAUUUUGUAUGCUGAGAAACUUUUCUAGUAUUGUAUAUGUUCUUUUUGUUAUUUCUUGUUUCAUUAGAAAAACUCUAUUUAGGUUAGUGGAAAGAUUAAUGAAUUUGUAUUGGGAACUCAUUUUGUGUUUGGAGUAUUUUUUGCUAAUUUUUAAGGUUCACCUGUA